ACUCACACACACACACAGAUUUUAUUUGUUUGGGUGUUUGUGUAUUUGUGUAUUUCAUUCGCAUUUCAUUUUGGAUCAUCUUUCUUGGUUGUUGCAAAGAAUCCCAUUGUGUAUUUUUACCAGAAUGACCUGUAAUGCUUGAUAAUAAUUGCCGUGGUGAACAAGUAUUUAUAUCAACACGAUCACUGACGACGACGACGACAACAACAACAACAACGACAACCACAGUGAAUAGUAGCCGAAAUAUUAUCAAUGGUGAUAGAAGAAACAUUCAUUGCAUAACGUUUGACACUGAAGAUUGUGAAGAUCAACAACAUUUGUCCACCACCAUCAAUCGACGUUUAGGUGAUGAAAACGAUUCUAUGAAAAGUGCAUUUAUUGUACCAAAUAGUAAUAUUGUGAAUCAUCAUAAUCUGAUCAUCGAAUCAUCACCUUGUUUAACAUCAUCUUCUCAUAUCUCAUAUCAUUCACUGCAACAACAACAACAACAACAACAUCGACAUUCACCUUUGAUAAAUAAACGACGACGUUUAGAUUUAAUCAUCAAUGAAUUGAAUCAUCAUCACACUAAUGAAGGUGUAGGAUUAUUAUUGGCUAAUCAAGUCGAAGAUAUCACUUCCACAUCCAUCCAAAAUGAAACUAAUGAUUUUCGUCAAUUGACAAGCCACCACGAUGGUAAACAAAAGCAUCAACAACGAAUAGACGACGAUGAUGAUGAUGGUGAUCGUAGUCAUGAUCAUCCAUUGAAUCAUAGGAAAAAGAAUCAUCCUUAUCAUUCCGUUAAUAGAGGUGAUAAUCAACAACAACAUACUGUCCAUGGCAAUUUUAUUGUGAAUUUAUCGUCCAAACAAAGCCACCUUGGUGAUCUAGACAUACAAAUUAACGAACCAAAUGAUUAUUCCUCAUCUUUGAAUCAAAAAUAUCAAAAUGUACAACAGCAACAAUCGUUGAAACGAAAAUAUCCUCAUUCUCAUGAUAAUAUUAUCACCAAUAAUGACCAUGAACCAUCAAUAUUACCAGGCCGUAGUUACAGUAAAAACCUUCAUACAACUACAACAAGACGAAACUCGUACAACGACUCAGCAGCAGCUUCGGCAUCCAAAGCAUUUGUUAUCGGUCGAAACGGUGGCGGCUGUGGCAAUAACCGAGUUGAACAACUCUUUCUAAGUAAAGAUUCGUCAGCAAAUUUAUUGUUACCAAGUGUUUGUCCAGCAGCAGUAACGGCACUGACAGCGACCAGUAUUGCUACUGGUACUGUCAGUCGAACAAUAAUCACAACGGCGCCCGCAACUUCCAAAGCAUCUUCCUCGAAUUCCGAGGGAGAUUAUCAGCUGGUUCAACAUGAAGUUCUUCAAUCUGCCAAUCACCAUUAUGAGGUGUUGGAAUUUUUGGGUCGUGGUACAUUCGGUCAGGUAACUAAAUGUUGGAAAAAAGGAACCAAUGAAAUUGUGGCCAUCAAAAUAUUGAAGAAUCAUCCAUCGUAUGCUCGACAAGGCCAGAUCGAAGUCAGCAUACUUCAUCGGUUGAGCCAGGAAAAUGCAGACGAAUGGAAUUUCGUUCGAGCUUAUGAAUGCUUUACGCACAAGAAUCAUACCUGUUUGGUGUUUGAAAUGUUGGAGCAAAACUUGUAUGACUUUUUAAAGCAGAAUAAAUUCAGUCCUUUGCCACUUAAAUUUAUCCGUCCAAUAUUGCAUCAAGUUUUGACUGCACUUCUCAAGCUCAAACAACUUGGCCUAAUCCAUGCGGAUUUGAAACCAGAAAAUAUUAUGCUUUGUGAUCCGGUUCGUCAACCUUUUCGUGUGAAAGUGAUCGAUUUUGGUUCAGCUUCUCAUGUGUCCAAAGCGGUUUGUUCCACUUAUCUUCAAUCACGUUACUAUCGUGCUCCGGAAAUCAUUCUCGGUUUACCUUUUUGUGAGGCUAUCGAUAUGUGGUCAUUGGGUUGUGUGAUUGCCGAACUAUUUCUCGGUUGGCCUCUAUAUCCCGGUUCAUCGGAAUAUGAUCAGAUCCGUUAUAUUUGUCAAACACAAGGUUUACCCAAUGAACAUAUGUUGAAUCAAGCAACAAAAACUACUCGUUUUUUCUGCCGAGAAAAUAAUUCAAAUUAUCCAUUUUGGCGUUUGAAAUCACCAGAUGAACAUGAAGUAGAAACCAAUAUUCGAUCAAAAGGGCGAAAGUACAUUUUCAACUGUUUGGAUGAUAUGGCUCAAGUGAAUGUUCCAACAGAAUUGGAUGGCCUUGAUUUGUUGGCCGAAAAGAGUGAUCGUCGUGAAUUUAUCGAUUUAUUGAAACGGAUGUUGACAUUGGAUCAAGAACGUAGAAUCACGCCUGGCGAAGCAUUGAAUCACAGUUUUGUCGUUUUGAAUCAUUUGAUUGAAUUUCCGAAUUGUUCGGUUCUCCUGUCAUCAGCCAAAAUGAUGGAAGUAUGCCGUCGUCGUAUAUUUAGUAAUCACACCACUAAUAAUCACCAUCAUCACCAUUCAUCAUCGGGAUCAUCAUUAGUCAAUGGACAUAAUUCUAACGUGGUCGGUAGUCAUCAAGUUAGUUAUGAUUCUAAUGCUGGUGGUUUGAAUGCAGCAACGACCGCAGCAGCUGCUGCUUCUUCAACUGGGCAUCAAACCAUGGCCAUUAUCGCUAAUAAUUUCAAUUCACCAUCAGCAGCAAAUGCUGUUUCAGCAGCCAUAUCGUUUAACAAUCACUUGACCGCCACAAAUAAUAAUGUCCAAUCAGCAGCGGCUAACGCUGCUGCUGCUGCGGCUGCGGCUGCCUAUCAAUUUCAUCCAUCAGCAGCGGCCAAUUUUUAUUCUGGCCCCCAUAAUUUAUCGGUUACAGGUCAAGCAAAUCAAUCAACUCGUACAUCAAAUCACCAUCAACAACAAUCUGCCGCUAUAGCUCGAGCGGCGGCCAUUUCUAAUCCAUAUGCGGCCGUGGCUCGUGCUGCAGUUGUAGCGGCUGCAGCUGGUGCUGCUGCUGCUUCUCAAUCGGCGGCCACAGAUCCAUUUGUUCCUGGAGCGUCUUCAUUGUGUAUGCCUUCGAUUCUCUGUUCUAAUCCUUAUUCACCGGCUGGCAAACAUCCAAAUGCUGCCGCAGCUAUGAUGCCAAUGACUGCAGCUGUUCAAUUUCAACCUUCAGCUACCUUUUUCACUCAAAUGGCUGCUGCCGCAGCAGCUUCUGGUGGUCAGCAAUAUGUUCCAGUUUCAGUUGUCGCUGCUGCUGAACAGAAUGGCCGUCAAAUGUUGUUGACAAAUCCUAACCUGGCCAACGUAGCUGCUGCCGCAGCAAUACAAUCAGCGGCCACUGUCGGUGGUUGGCCAUCGGCUGCAACCAAUUCAAAUGGACGCCAUCAACCGAUGUUUGCAAUGCCAUCUGCAUGGCAACAGUUUCAAGCUUCCACUGGUCGUGUCCAUCAACACCAUCAACCAUUGAGUGAUGCUGCCGCAGAUGCUUGGUCCCGAUCGCUUAUGAUGGCUGAACGAGCUGCUGGAAUGUUGCCACCGGAUCAAGCGGCUGCUGCAGCUGCUCUGGCUUUACCGAUGGAAUUUCAUCAUGCCGCUGAUCAAACAUCAUCAAUUUAUGAACAAUUGCGUAAUCACCAAAAUUGUUCCAAUCUGAUACAAUCGGCAAAUGUUUUAGCUGCUGCGGCAAACGUGGCAAAUCCAUGGAAUGCUGUUGUUGCAGCUUGCGGUGGAGGAAAUGGACCACAACCAACCGCUGCAUCAUCAUCAUCGGUUGCAUCUAAUUCGAUCAAUAAUAACGCCCAUCCAAAUCAGUAUUCGGCCAGUCAGACAAAUUGUGUAUCAGUGUCAGCUAAUCUUAAUAAUAAUCAGAAUCAGAAUCAUAUGUUUCCCGGUGCUCACCAACACAGCACUCAUUCUUCGGCAUCAAAUUCAUCCACUCAACAUCAUCAUCAUAAUCAUCAUCAUUCGAUAUUACAGAAUAUUUCGGGCUCUGGUUGUCCAACAUCAAACAUAGCUAAACGUAAUCAAACCAUUCAUCAUCAUAGUAAUCAACAACAACAACAGCAGCAACAACAACAGCAGCAACAACAACAACAACAACAACAACAACUACAGAUUGUGAAUAUGGCCCAAAAUGUCAAUUCAAUGAUUCAAAAUUCACAGAUCAAUAACAAUUUAUUGGCAGCAACAACAAAACCAUUGAAAAUAAAAGAACACAUUUCACCGGUGAAAAAGAGAGCCAAAGAAUCAUCUCCUCAACAUAAAUGGCUUCAAGAUUCUAUUCGUAAUAACCAGAUUGAUCUGGCUAAUUUUGAGCCACAAAUGAACCACCAAAAUCAUUUAUCGUUCUCCAAUACACAUUCACCUCCCCCAAAUGGAAAUUUGAUUUUUCGUGGCGCAUCAUUCGACCAACAACAACAACAACAACAACAACACCACCACCAUCAUCAUCAUCAUCAAUCAUCACAGCCACAUCAUUCAUCAUCGAUGGGAUUGAAUCAAAAUUUGAAAAUCAGUUCUUCAUUAUCACGUAGUUCGUCAUGGCUCAAUCAAUCCAAUGGUAACAUUCAUCAUCAUGGCAAUCAAACCAUUACUAUUGAAGAUACACCAUCGCCUGCUGUUUCAGUCAUCACCAUUAGCGAUUCGGAUGAUGAAAAACUUAUGGAUCCAAGCACUACGAGUGGUGGCCAAAAAAGUAAUCAAACUUCAAGUUAUAAACCUUCGAUGCAACAUGCUUCAAAUUCGGUAAAUUCCACCACUGGUAGUGUUGUAGCAUUGACUCCGGAAGAACCAUUAUCAACUGAAUCAUAUUCACAUCAACAGCAUUUCGAUCAAGCCCACAACGGCGGUGGUUCAAUCAAUAAAUCAUCAUCAUUUAUUUUUGAUAAUCAUCAAAGGAAUCUGAUGAAACCAACAUCUAAAUUGAUACAUUCAUAUUCCACUUCUGCAAUCGUCAAGAAUCCUCACAGUAAUAGUAAUCAUAGCUCGCUUUCACAAGUGGCCGCCGAUACGACUACGUCAUCAAUUAUGGAAUUUCCUGAAUUAGAAAAUUUUUCACAAAAAAAACGAAUUCUUGCCAAGAAUCGAUCACUGCAACAACAACAACAACAACAACAACAACAACAAUCAUAUGACAAUCCACAUUCAAUCGCCAAACAAGAAAUGAUCAUCAAUGACGAGGAACUUUGUACUUCAAGUACGAGCCGUUUAAAUAAUUGGAAUCGAGAUUCAACAUCAUUUCGACACGCGAAAGUUGAAAAUUAUGAUUAUGAUGAUGAACAAACGUUGCAAGAUGUGACGCCAAAACCACAAAUGAAUUACCAAUUCUCUACACCUGGUUCAAAGAAAUAUCCAGUUCUAGCUGGUGUAGUCACCAAUCAACAGCAAUUAUCAUCUCCAUUGACUGCGUCCAAUUCACAUAAUUCACUUUAUUCACCACAAAGUUCUGAUAAUUCACUGUAUCGUGAUUAUGCAGCAGCCGUAUAUGCAGCAUCAUCAUCAUCAUCAUCAUCGAUGGCUAUGCCUCAUCAAGGUUCUUCAAAACGUCAACCUUCAUCACAAAUUUCAACAUCUUCGUCAUUGAAUUUACCGGCACCACCACCAGCCCAUCAUAAUCCACAUAACAUUAGCAAAAGUCAUCAUCACCAUAAUAAUCAUCCAUCCACAAUGUCUGGAAUGCCUUCCUCCGGUAUGGUGGUGAAUGUUUCAGCAAAUCCACAAACAUGCGGACAUGGACAUCAUCACAUGAUGCAACAUCAUGGCCGACCAAAUAGUACAGGAAAUCCAUUACCGGCACAUUUGCAAUCGCAAUCACAUCAUAAUUCCAUUCAUCAUCAUGGUAGUGGCGGUGGUGUUAAUGGCAUGGUUUCCGCUGCCAUACGAUUCGCAGCAGCCACACAAUCGAAUUAUGCCGCAGCAGCUGCGGCUGCAGCAUACAAUAAUCCUCUACCACAAACUACUGGUGGUGGUGGUGGUGGUGCUGGUGCUGGUGGAUCAUCAUCAGCUGUCGCUGCCAAAGCAGCAGUCGCAGCUCAAUACCAAAAUCUUUACCAGCUGUUUGCUGAAUGAAUUGAGUUUUUCGGUUUUUCAUGUUGAAAAAAAUUACUGUAGUGAUAUGAUAUUUCUGUCUGUCUAAUUUGUUCAUUUUGCCUUUUCUCAUCAUCAUCAUCAUCAUCAUGAACAUUGGUCCAUUAUUGAACACCUUUCUUGCCUUUUCACGUGCUACAUCUAUGGAUUUCAAAUGUAUCCACUAUUAUAUUCCUGUACACGAUACAAAUCUGUUCUCCUUUAUAUUAUCAUAAUGACUGAAUUUCUCAUCAUCAUCAUUAUCAUCAUUGAUUAUUUUUACACUCUUCAUCAUCGUUAUAUAUAUACUAGCUACUGUUAAAUAUCCUACAAAAUGAACGAUCAUCAAAAAAAAAAAAUGAAAUGAAAUGAAAUGGUCUUUGUCCAACCGAAACGAAAAUAUAUAUUUUAGGAAUGAAAAAAACAAAAAAAAAAUGAAAAAAAAUUUCAAGCUCAAUUCAUCAUCAUCAUCAUCAUCAUCAAACAUAUGAUAUGAGAAUAUAAUUGCAUACCAUUUUUCCACUUUUUUUUCUCUCGUUUUCAUUUUCAAAACAAAAUUCAAUUAUUCAACACAACAGUUUGAUAUUUAUCAAGAAACAGGAAAAAAAUAUUCCUUUUCAAAUUUAUAAGUUUUGUAACCGAUGCCACACACUUGACCCAUCAAUUCAUCGAUUAGAUAUAAUUAAUUUCCGGAUCCGGUUCAAAUUUAGCUUUCUUUUCUUCGUUUUUUCGCCUUAUUCAUGAAUUUUCAUCCUCAUUACCAUCAUUAUUAGAGUUUUCAUAAUUGAGAACAUGUGUGAAAGGAAAAUAUUUGGUCAGCAAUUUGUCAUUCUCUCCUUCUUUAUAAGUAUAACUUGAUUAAGUGAAUCUGUGUGUGUGUGUGUAUGUGUGUGUAUCUUUUUCAUAUUUUCUUUUUUUUGUAAUUGGUUGUAUAUGAGGAUAUAUUUAUAUUGUAAAAGUGAAUAACAUGACAACAAUAUGUGCAACACACCAAACAAAUGACUGCUAUUUUUUGUAAAUAAAAUUCAAUUCAAUACAUACAGCGAACACAUGAACCACACUUAAUUAUCAUCAUCAUCGUCAUCAUUUGAAUCACAAUUACGUCAUAUAUGGAUGAAACGCCCAUUUCACUUCACUAUUGGAAUCUAUGUCAAAUCAUCAUCAUCAUCAUAACAAACACGAUUUUUGUUGCUCCAACACACAUAUCCAUUUUACCUUUAUAUAGAAAAUGAUAAAAGUUGAUUGAUUGAUUGAUUGAUGAGUGAUGUAUGAGAUAAUUAAUAAAAACCGAUACAUGUUUUAUGUUCUAUGUUGA